AUGGCGUGCCUUAGGAAGCUGAAAGACGACAUUUCAGUUCUUGAGUCGCUUUUUCCAAAGAAUCAUGAACGGUUACAGGUGCUUGUAGCAUCUGUAGAUGAAAUAGCACUGAGAUUUAUCGAUGGAACUGGUAGACCGGUAAUUAUCAAUGCCAAUAUUUUGGAAGACUACCCACGACAAGCUCCAUUGUGGUUCAGCGAGUCCGACGAUGUUGUGAUUUGUUCCGCGCUAGAACGACUCUCUUCUGAGGGUGAUCAGCAAACUUGUCUUUUAACACAGAUACAUAAGCUGGUUUCCCAUCUUUGCCGUCAGUACAACAUAACGGUUCCAUCCGAAUUAACUCGUCUAGCACCUGACGAAGAUGAUUUGAAAGAUGAAGGCCAAGGUAGUGAUGUGGAUUCUGACGAAGAGGACGGCGAAGAAGUGGUGGAAAAUGUUAAGGUUGCCGAAGUCGAUAUGACCGAGGAAGAGCCUCAUGGUAGCAUAGAUGAUGACGUUUCUCCUGAAGGAAAGAUAAUGCUUGAGAAAAUCACCCGAUCUACCCUUCAACAGCACCUUAAUGGAAAUAUCCAAGGAUCGGUAACGGCCACAGAUCGUCUUAUGAAGGAAAUGAGAGAUAUUUACAAAAGUGAACACUUUAAGAAUGGGGUUUACUCAAUUGAGUUACGUGAUGAUGAUAACUUGUACGAGUGGUGGGUGAAGCUUUAUAAGGUAGAUUCCGAUAGUGCACUUUAUUCGGAUCUUGCUACGUUGGCUGCUGAACACAAGCAAGACCACAUAUUGUUCCAUUUUCUUUUCAAUGAGAAUUUCCCUUGUGAUCCUCCUUUCGUGCGGUUGGUGUCACCCACAGUGUCUAAUGGGUACGUUCUUGGUGGAGGAGCCAUAUGCAUGGAAUUGCUAACAAAGCAGGGUUGGUCGUCGGCUUACUCCAUUGAAUCACUAAUUUUACAAAUUGCAGCCACUCUUGUUAAGGGGAAAGCUCGGAUACAGUUUGAAGCAAAGGCGCAGUACAGCUUGGCAAGAGCACAGCAGUCGUUCAAAUCACUGGUGCAAAUACACGCCAAGUCGGGUUGGUAUACACCACCUACAACUGAAGGAUGA